UAUUAAAUUACUUUACGUAUGUAAACUGACAUUAUGGAUUGGAAUAAAAAGCAUCUGAAUUUAAAUGAGAGCACUGAGUUUGAAUCACUCAUAACAAUUGAGCCAAUGGAAAUGAACGAUAUUAUACAAGAUCCAUUAAAUUUAACCUUCGAAGAAUAUGAAACUUCGCAAAAAUCUGAUUCAGUUCAUGUAUUCCCGAGUGAACCACGUGGAGUGUUGAAAAAGAAACCUCGUUUCGCUGUUCCGAUUAUUAUUGAAAGUGAAGUUGAAAAGGAAGAUGUAACUGACAACGUAAAAUCUUUUAUAAAUGAAAAUGAACUAGUUGAACAAAUGGACAAUAUUUCGUUUGAGGAGUAUUCCGAAAAGUUAACUGAUUUAGAAUGUCAAGAAAUAUGUUCAAUUAACGAACAGAAUGCUCGUUUAGAUCAAUUAAGUUCACGAAUUUUUGCCACUAUUUUACCGGAUAAUGUACCUGUUGAACAGUCGAAACAGGAUGUGAAACAGGCAUAUAAACGUUUAAAUAUGAUAACAAAUGGUGCACAAGUUUUGGUAUUCAAUUGUUCACAAACUAAUAUACGUUUGGAUAAAAUAUUUCACAAAGUUCAAAAUUGCGUAUUUUCUUUAACAAGUUUUCCUAAUUUAGCAACAAUGGUCGUAUUUUGUCAGAAAGUUUAUGAUUGGUUAGCAUUAGAUGAAUACCAUAUAAUUCUACUUCAUGCUGAAGGUGAACAAGCAAAAAUUCGUUUAAUGUUACUUGUUCUUGCAUUGGAUUCAUUCUAUGGGUCAAUUAAUAAAUACCAGAAUCACGAAACUUGCUCUCUACGACGUUAUAUUUCAUCCCAUCUUAAUGGUUUUUCUCAUGUUCCGGUUGGUUGGAUGAGAUACGCUGGUUAUAUGGAAAUAUUUUCACCAACUAACAGUUUAUACAUUCUACGUGCACCAUUGCAUAUCUAUCAAAUAUAUUUAUAUAAUUUUCCUGUUUUUGAAAAAAAUAAAUUAAGAUUAUACUUUAAAUUCUAUACUGGUUCUCCUCCUGUACAUAUGUAUACUACAAACCUUUACGAAUACGAACAAACUGAUUCUGCAAAUCUUGUGUUGAAUUUCCAAUGUAACUCCAAUCGUAAUAUUGGCCUACAAUUGAGUGGUGAUAUUAUAAUAUUGGCUUACCAUUCCAGAAGUUAUCCUUUGAAACGUAUUCGACUAUUUCGAAUUCAUAUACAUUCCUGUCAAGGGAUUGAGAAUUGGAUACGAUUUGAACCAAAUGACUUUGAAGAAAUUUCGGGAUCUUUCCCUUCCUCGAUGAGCUUAAUUCUAAACCUUACUUCGAAACCCAUUCCAUUAACUACUGAUGAAAAAUUCCAAAUAAAAGUAGAAAAUAUAUCGAAACAAAAAACUGCAUUUAAUAGUCAUUCAGCUAAUUUACUUGAUGUUCAAAACAAUCCUGAAGAUCGUUCACGUUUACAUGAUUCAUUAGAAAAUUUAUCGGAAUCAAUUAGAUCACGUCAAUUACCAUUAAGAUUAGCACCGUGUUUAAAUAAGAAACAUCAUUUCGAUUACUUGGUUGCUGGUACAAAAUUGGAUUCAAUUUUAUAUGCCUCAAAACUAUCACAUAUAGAUGAUAGUAAAAUAACUAAUCACAAUGAAUUAGAUAAUGAUCAAAAAGUGAAAAGUCGUUGGGAUCCAUUUUUGAAGACGAGUACAAGUCAGCGAAAUAACUCAAGAGCUUAUGAAUGUUUAGAUUCUGGACUUGAGGGUGUACAAGAAGAAUUCGAUAAUGUGACUGACCAAGAAGAAGAAAUUGACUAUGUAGAUGAUAAUCAAAAUGAUAAUGAAAUAAGAAAUCCCAUAAAUAAAAACAUUCAAUCAGAAACUGAUUCUCUAGAAUCAAAUAAUAAUGAUCCAUAUGACAGAAGACAAGAAUCAGGAUCAUCAUCUUCAUCAUUAUCACUUAAGAAAUUACGUCCUAAACAUUUAUUUCACAUUAGGAAAUCGAAACAUAAAAAUACUGAAUCUGUAAACGAUCUCCAAAUUGUUAGCACAACGAAACCGAAAUCUGAAAAGUAUUGCAAUGAACAAGAAUCUAUGCCUCCACCAUCUAGUACUACUGUUUUGAAAUAUUCCAAGAAACAUAAAACUAUCGCCACCCGUAUUGUCAAUUUUUUCUCAGCUCAUUCUAAACAUCGUAAAAUGGACAGCAAUCAGUCAAUUAAUGAUUCCUCAAUGCACUCAUCUGAUUCACCAAACAACAUUAACCACCUAGAUUACGAUGAUUCAUCAGAAUUAAGUUUAGGUCAACAAUCAUCCGGUGAAAUUUCAACCAGUAAAAGAAUCAAUCAAAAAACACAAGCAUGCACUCGUGGUAUUCCAACCCACAAACUUGGUCCUCCUUGUAAAACUCGGAAAUUAAUAUCUGUUGGCACUUCUACACACUGGACUGAGCCUGUACAAACUUCCUAUCCAACAGAAGAUUUAGUCGAAGCAGCACGUUAUCUUAACAUCAUGGCCGGAACACAAGAACUUGAUCGUUUAUUGGAAGAAUUACGUUUAACAAGUAUGAAUAUGGCCGCCGGUCUUCCGCCUCCAUCUAAUACACAUUAUAAUUCCAAGCCAUAUUAUUCUUCACAAACAUCACGGAAACAAUUGUUUCAUGAUGAAGUUUAUCCAGAUCAUCGAUAUGCUCCGAGUAGUAGGUCUGCUUCAGUCACUGGUUACAAUACUGAUGCACAUAAUUUUAAUGAUUCUUUACACUCAAAUUAUCACAAACAUUCAACCUUUUAUUCAGAUCGAAUAGAUAAUAUUGUAAAAGGUACCAGUAAAUUUAAUUCUUUUUCAACAUCUCCACGACAUCAGUCGGUAUUUACGACAACACUGAAACAACGUCCACCUGUUGCUCCUCGAAAAUUCAAUCAAAUUCAUUUAACUAUUGAUCCCGACUGUGGAACCACAGACGCACAAUCCGCUGUUUCAGUUCGUCUUGAAAAUAGUCAUGACUCAUUUAGACGUGAAAAAAAACUUGAAAAUGACUUACAAACAGCAAGAGAAGAAUUAGCUAAUCUUAGACGUGCAAUGAGUUUAGUUGAUGAAAGACAUCAACGUAUUGAAAAUAUAAAUGAUUCUAGAAAUUUAAUUUCACCAAGUCAUUCAGUACCAAGACGAUCACCAAAUAUGGAAACACAACAAUAUUUAAGUACAAGUUCAUCAUUUCAACGAUCUUAUCAAGUACAACAGCACAGUACUCCAGGAAGUGUCAAUUCAUAUCAACAAAGAACGUAUCCUAGGAAAGAGCCAACAUCUAUUUACAAAUCACAAAUUAUUUCAAACGAUGGAAAUUUCUCAGCUCCUAAACGUACAAUGAGUCAUACAAAUGUUUAUGGUCCACGAUCAUGGAAUUUACGAUCAUAUCAAGGAUCUGAGUCUGAUUUAGCAUAUAAACGUGAAAUGUUAUCAUCAUCAUCUUCACGUUUGGCACGUAGUGGUUAUUCAGCCAGACGAGAACGUUUGAAACAAGAACGUGAACAAGAAUUAUUAAGGCAGACAAGAUUAAGACAAAUGGCUGCUUCAUCAACUGGGCUACAUGAUCACCGUCAUUAUCAACAACCGAAUGUCCAACAACAACAUUACCGUUCAACUUCAGCAGUAAAUAGAUCUAUGGGAAAUACCGAAGCUUUUGAAGAAUUCGAAACAAUUACACUACAACCAAUAGGUCGAGGUGUACAAGAUCUUGAUUCACAUGUCGGAUCAAUGACAACACUGGCACGAGGAGGUGGUGCUUCGUCUAUGAUUGAAGUUCAUAAGCAUACAUUUCGAACUCCAAGAAUGUAUUCACCAACUUCGUAUCAUUUCAAUCGUGCUCAUAGUACAACACCAACUCGUUAUAGCAGACCUACUAAAGGGUUUUCCAACGGUUUAUAUAAAAGUCACUCUGCUUAUAGUGGUUCAGUUGAAACAUGUCCUAUGUUUAAAUCUCAUACACCUGAUCCAGGACGCGAUAUUACUGGUUCUCCUUUGUGGACAGCACUGCCAAGAAAUUCAAGUACAACACCAACCACUUGUAAAACAUGGAGAAGUGAAAGAAAUAUAACUACUACACCAUUAGGACAAAUUACUUAUGAAGAUAUAAUGCCAAAUACACAAAUGGCAAAAAUUCAAGUAUUAGAAUCAAGUGAAUUACCAACAACAUUGUUUCCACAUUCUAGAAAAUCUACCAGUCUACAGCCAAACGAAGUUGUAAAAAAAGAUAUAAGAGUGUUUGAAUCACCAUCAGACAAUGCAAUAUUGAAUAAUCAUUUAGAUAUCCAUGAAUCAGAAAUGACUAAUUUGAAAAGAGUUGUCUCUUUAAGAAAACCACCUGAACGUUCUAGAUUAUGGGCUCUUCCUGAUAAUAUGAAAAUUGUACGUCCAUCAGAUGGUUUUAUGGUUGAUUCAUGUUAUCCGAAUGAUGUAGAUAUUGAUGAAAAUGAGGACUUGAUUAAUCAUCAAUUCAAUCUACCGGAACCUGGAAAAACUACAUUGAAAACGGAAAUAAAUGGUUUAAGUCAAAUUGAUGAUCAUCAACCUCCACGAGCAAGUUCACGCACGAGUUUAUCACGACAACCAUUUGCUUCAACUCAAUAUCUUAAUAAACAAAAUUAUAAUCAUGAUGGAGAACAGACUAUUUUCAUUAAUCGUGUUCAACCAACAUCAAGUACUCCAGUUCAAAGUUACCAAGCCAGUAGACUUGGUACACAAUCUGUUUAUCCAGAUCAUGUUUCUGUCUCAACUACUCCACAAACAAUAACUGCUCCAACAAAAGUUGUCAGUAAUUUGAAUGUUUUGACAAACACUAGAAAAACGAGUGAACUUACCGAAGUUCCUAUGCAAAAUGGAUGGAAAUCUGAGAAAACUAAACAAGAUACAGUAGAUAGUGGUAAUAUGGCUCAAGUGAUUGCAACUGCACGAGUUUGGUAUCAACCUAAAUUAUCCAGAGAAGAAGCUAUAAGUAUUUUACGUCAACAAGUUCCUGGAAGUUUUCUCAUUCGUGAUAGUACAACAUACAAAGAUGCUUUUGGCUUAGCAGUCAAGGUUGCUACACUUCCACCAAAAGUUACACCAAAAUCUAAUGAUCUUCAAUCUGAACUAGUUAGACAUUAUUUGAUAGAAGCGGUUAAUACACCUACUAAAGGUGUACGCCUUAAAGGUUUUGCAAGUGAACCAGUAUUUCCAAGUUUAGCUGCUCUAAUCAACCGACACACACAAGAUGCUUUAGCAUUACCUUGUCGAUUAAUUCUCCCAGCCAUUCCAACUACACCGUUACCACAUGGAUAUAAGCCUCCACCACAAAUUGUAACUGGCUUACCAUCGAAUACUAUGGAUACAACAAUAAGUAAUCAUAUUUCACAAUCAAAUAAUCAAUAUAUUCCGAAAGUUGACAGUGCUACUGGGCCAGUUUCAGAAUUAGGCUCUGUUAUAAUGGAUAAUGUGGAAAUUGAUUGUACAAAAUCAGUUACCAAUACUUCUACAAUGGGUAUAGAAGGUCUGCCAUUCGAAUGUGUAGUUAAAGAUGAACAUCAUAAACCAGUGAUGUCACAAAGUCUGCUUAAUCAGGGCAUGACAUAUAGAUGUUUCAUGUUAGGAUCAGUAGAUACUCCACAGUGGAAUAAUGAACUAUGUUUCUCAAGAGCAGUUGAUCAAUUAAUUCCAUUGGAAACUUUAACAGCAUCUGAGUGUGAUCAUGGUAUUAGUCGUGUUCGAUAUUCAGAUAUUCAAUUACAUGUUAGCGCACACGAUGGAAUUACAAUUAUAGAUUUACUAAGACGGUUAUUCCUUCGACGCCAUCUUCCCAAUAAUAUAUUAUUGUAUUGUGGUGUAGAAACUCGAAAAAAAGAAUUUAUUCAUCCCGAACAUCAAAAUCAUGGUAUACGGAAUCCUAAAAUCUUUGGAUUAGUUGUUCGUAAAGGAAUUAGUGAAUGUACAUGUCAUAUAUUUUCUGAAUGUGAUCCAGUUCAUUCAGCUGAAUCUAUUGUGAAUUAUAUACGAACUAUAUAUCCUCAUUUAAAGAGUUAAUUUUAAAAUUAAAAAUAAAAAUCAUGAAUUAGAAUAACUAUAUAUUAAAAUAUUAAUAUUAAUAUUAUUCUAUAUUAAUGAAAGAUAUUUCCAUAUUAUUACUGAUACAACUAUAAAGUAUUUCUAGACUUGGAUACUUUUGUUCACUUUUCUUUUUCUUUGUUAAGAUAAAUUUUUUGUUUUGUUUUUGUCAAAUUAUUGAAAAAAUAUCUUCAAAAUCUUUUUUUUUUCUAGUUUAUUUCUUAUGAGGUAUUCUUCAUCAAUGCAUGCAUUGUUAAUUUGUUCUCCUUCUUCACCUUUUGUGUUUUGUUUUACUUCCCAUUUAAUUCCUUUGAAAAUUUAUCUUUAUCUAACCUAAUUUUUAAAAAAAUGAAAUCCAUACUAAUUCAUGAUUGAACAUAUACCAGAAUUAUCCUUUCUUCAUAAUUUAUAUAUUUAAGCGUAUAUUGAUCAUAUUAUCUUUAACAUUAUGUAAGAUAAGUUCAUUUAUUAUGCGCCAAUCAUUAUUCGUAGUAUUCUAUAUCAGACCCAUUUAUCAUUAAAUAACAAUAUUGAACAUUUCUUUUUUUUUGUCUUAUUUAAUAGACAGUUAUAUUACUUUUUUGAAUAUUUUUUUUUCGUAUUUCUUAUAAAUUUCUUAUUUGUUUAAGAUUAAAGAAAAUCUUUAUGAAUUUCUUUUUCUUAAACAAUAACAAUUUUCAAUUCUCUUCAGUUUUUUUUUUGGUUACUUUUUGAUUUUUCACUAGAUUUCAAAUAAUCCCCCUCUCAUCCUUUUCUUUCGAUUUGAUUGAUUAUCGUUACUGUUAAUUUCUUUUUUUUUUCUUUUUUGAAAAAUUUUAUUUCUUAUUUAUUUUGCGAAUUUCGACAGUUUUUCCUGUUGUGCAAUGAAUAUUUACGGCUAUUCGUAUUCAUGUUUUCUUAAAGUUUUUUUUUCUUGUCUUGAAAUAAAUAAAUAUUAUUUCAAUAAAUCAUGUAUUCAAGACCAUUUUUAAUAAGAAGCUGAUAGUAUUGCAGUCAAAAUAGAUAUAUCUUCAUGUAUGCUCAUAUGUAUACAUUUUAUGUUGAAAAAAUACACAAAAAUAUCCGCUCUCUUUAAUUGAAUUCAUGUACGUAUUUAUAAUUUGUAUAAAUAUGUACGUUUACAUAAAAGUGUUAUGUAAUAUUUUCUGGGCUUCAAACGUUUAUCUUAUUCGUUCUUGUUACUUAUGAGUAGUAUAAAUUUUAAUAUUAAACAAAAUACAUGCUUCAGUUAGCAUUAGGGAUUGGUCUUGAAAUUCCUAUGAAAUCAG